AUGGCAGGUCCCAGUGUGCAUGGGGACUUUCUACGACAUGCCGUCCUCGAGACCGUGGUCCCCCAUAAUCCGAAUGUCGACAUCGAGGCAGCUUUAACGUCUGCGCUCGAAGGAGGCGCAGAAGAUCUUGACGCUGUUCUGGCGGCGAUUCCGCAGCGCUCAUUGCUAUUUUUUGAUGAAACGGUCACCGUACGCGUUGUGCUGAGGCUAUCAAAUUGCUCCGAAAAUGCACUAAAAGCCCAUCUACCUCGAUUAGAACUGGGUGUGAAUGCGCUUGUCUUCAAUCCGACACCGCCCGGUCCAGAAGAUCCGGCUCCGGCGAAGGAUGUGGUAUUUGCGGGAAAUGUGAAUAACAAGGAAGACCCAUUGGUCGUGGUCAACGUUUUUGAAGGAGACGAGGGUAGCGGAAAUCAUGUCUAUGUCAUAUGGAAAGUCGAUGCGUUUCUUCAUCGUCCCCGAAUACGCAUACAACAUCCAUGCAUUGCAUUCUCGGCCGCGGCCUCGUUGAACGCAGCGGACACCUCCGAUCAGUCAUUUCAUACCGACGAAUAUCUCCCACGUACUGUGCCAGCCUCAGCAAAUGUUCUACAGGCACUAUCUUCAGAUCCCGCCCUCAAGUCAACCACUCCCUACCUCCCCGCGUCCCGGCUACUGCGUGUCAUUCCUGCUGCGCAGAAGGAAGCGCCUGUUUAUAAUUUAUGGCAACAAAGCCAACAUCCUAUACGUAUUGUACCGGCGGCCAGCGCACGCAUCCGGUGUUCCAAAAUGAAUACCUUCUCCAGCCGACCGAUCACAAUUGCUAGUCUCGACCUAGAGGUAACGCCAUUCUUAAGUUGUGACGUCGUUUUUGAAAAGGCAGAGAUUAUUUUAUCAGAUGGACAGGUCGAAAAUAUAUCGGGGGUGCCCGAGCUUCAACCUCCUAUCACAUUACGACCUAGAGAUGAUGUCACCCUAAUAUACAAACUCGUCCCUGAAUAUGGACCGGAUGCAUACUUUUCGACAACAGCCCUCGUCAGCACACUCGACAUCUCCCUAGAAGGAGUCAUCAAGCUCACAGAAGAAUGUCAACCACGAAUUUUUAUGCAAUGGCGGACAAACGUGGACUUUUCUAUUCCAUUGAAUCCUACUUUCGGCGGGCCCAGUCAGGUCAUGCAGCGUAACAACCGUCCUGCAAGUUUGUCCAUGACUUCUGGACAAAGCGCAGCGCCGUCUACAGGCGCAGUGAAUCGAAGUUCCUACAGAGAGCGGGCUCAUUCUUUCACUCAAGGAGGAGUUACCAUCUCAUUUUCUGGACCCGUCAAUGUCGAGAUUGGGAAGCCAUUCCAGUGGGAUGUCUUUAUUGUCAAUCGCUCCCGCGCUCCUCGGAAAUUCACCAUGAUGGCAAUUCCUCGAAGGAAACGGGUAGACUUUCGCCGACAUGUAGCGCGACCAUCCUCAUCAUCUAUUUCCAGCAAGAAAGACAAAAAGGAUGAAGAGUUGGCGGAGGCUGUCACAGAUGAGAACAUUAUCCAUGCCAUGCAAAAGAAUGCAGCGGGGCAGGAUGCAGAAUUGGUUUGUCUAAGUACCGACUUGCGACUGGGACCGCUUCUUCCUGGCACAUGUCAUUCCACCGAAAUUAUUCUCCUCCCUCUAGCGACUGGCGCACUUCAUCUGGAAGCAAUCCGACUUGUUGAUAUGAACACGAAUGAGACGAUAGAUAUUAGAGACCUUCCCGACAUCGUGGCGGUCAAGUAG